AUGGCAAUACUUUCAGAUUUGCUUCUCAUCGCAGCAUGUACUGCCUCACCAUAUCCACCUCGCGAAAUUUUCACGUGGUACUGUCCCCUCUUCAAUAGUGCUUCAACAAGAUCGAUUUGA